CCUCCGGAACCCUGUUGCCGAAGCACGGUUUCCGCCCGGCCGCUGCGCCGCCGGAAGCGGAAGUGCUCGCUGGCUGGGUCCGCAGGUGUUACGGCGGCGGCGGCGGCGGCGGCGGGGCCUGGAGCCAUGGAGCACGUGACGGAGGGCUCCUGGGAGUCGCUGCCGGUGCAGCUGCACCCGCGCGUGCUGGGCGCGCUGCAGGAGCUGGGGUUCCCGUACAUGACGCCGGUGCAGUCCGCCACCAUCCCUCUGUUCAUGAGGAACAAAGACGUGGCUGCGGAAGCGGUCACGGGCAGCGGCAAAACCCUCGCUUUUGUCAUCCCCAUCCUGGAAAUUCUCCUGCGAAGGGAAGAGAAGCUAAAGAAGAGCGAGGUGGGCGCCAUCGUCAUCACCCCUACGCGCGAGCUGGCCAUUCAGAUCGACGAGGUGCUCUCGCAUUUCACCAGGCACUUCCCGCAGCUCAGCCAGAUUCUUUGGAUCGGAGGCCGGAAUCCUGGAGAAGAUGUCGAGAGGUUUAAGAAGCAAGGCGGGAACAUCGUCGUGGCAACGCCGGGCCGCCUGGAGGACAUGUUCCGGAGGAAGGCUGAGGGCCUGGACCUGGCCAGCUGUGUGAAAGCCCUGGACGUCCUGGUGCUGGACGAGGCCGACCGACUUCUGGACAUGGGCUUUGAGGCCAGCAUAAACACCAUCCUGGAGUUCCUGCCGAAGCAGAGGAGGACGGGUCUCUUUUCCGCCACGCAGACGCAGGAGGUGGAGAACCUGGUGAGGGCCGGCCUGCGCAACCCCGUCCGCAUCUCGGUGAAGGAGAAGGGCGUGGCGGCCAGCAGCACGCAGAAGACGCCGUCCCGCCUGGAGAACUCCUACAUGGUGUGUAAGGCGGAUGAGAAAUUUAAUCAGCUGGUGCAUUUUCUUCGCAAUCAUAAGCAGGAAAAACAUCUCGUCUUCUUCAGCACCUGCGCCUGCGUCGAGUACUACGGGAAGGCCCUGGAGGCCCUGGUGAGGGGCGUGCAGAUCCUGUGCAUUCACGGCAAGAUGAAGCACAAGCGCAAUAAGAUCUUCAUGGAGUUCCGCAGCCUGCCGAGUGGGAUCCUGGUGUGCACGGACGUGAUGGCCCGCGGAAUAGACAUUCCCGAAGUGAACUGGGUUUUGCAGUACGACCCGCCCAGCAGUGCGAGUGCGUUCGUGCAUCGCUGUGGUCGCACCGCACGCAUCGGCCACGGCGGCAGCGCUCUGGUGUUCCUCCUGCCCAUGGAAGAGGCCUAUGUCAAUUUCCUAGCAAUUAACCAAAAAUGUCCCCUGCAGGAGAUGAAACUCCAGAGGAACCCAGCGGACCUGCUGCCCAAGCUCAGGUCCAUGGCCCUGGCCGACAGAGCUGUGUUUGAAAAGGGCAUGAGAGCCUUUGUGUCCUACAUCCAGGCCUACGCGAAACACGAGUGCAACCUCAUCUUCAGGUUAAAGGAUCUCGAUUUUGCCAGCCUUGCUCGCGGCUUUGCCCUGCUGAGGAUGCCCAAGAUGCCGGAACUGAGAGGGAAGCACUUCCCAGACUUCGUGCCUGUGGACGUUGACACGGACACGAUCCCAUUUAAAGAUAAAACGAGAGAGAAGCAGAGGCAGAAACGACUGGAACAACAAAGGACAGAGAAAAGCGACAAUGAAGGGAGAAGAAAAUUCAUAAAAAAUAAAGCUUGGUCCAAGCAGAAGGCCAAAAGGGAGAAGAAGAAAAAAAUGAGUGAAAAAAGGAAAAGGCAAGAGGGCUCCGAUAUCGAAGAGGAGGACAUGGAGGAGCUCCUUAAUGACACACGGCUCUUGAAGAAGUUAAAGAAGGGCAAGAUCACCGAGGAGGAAUUCGAGAAGGGGGUGUUGACAAGCGGGAAAAGGCCGAGCGCGGCGGCGGACGUCGGGGGCUCUGACGUGGAAGACGCCUGCUGAUGCCCAGUCCCUGGUGAGCAUAAGACCAGGGCCGGCUGGCGAGCAGGGCUGAGGGCCUGCCUCAGUCAGACACGGGGGGACUGCACGCUUGUCUGGGUUUUACUGAAAUCCCAGCAGCCCUGGAGGCGGGUGUCACAGAAGGAAGUUUGACAGGGAGUGAACACAGGCGUCAGCGCUGGCCUUGGUCGCUGUCUGUCCCUGGAUUUCACACUGCAGUCUGCUUUAUGCAGCUCCUUAGCACGGUCAGGCGCCCGACCGCCCUGGGCCCCUGCGCCUACGCGUACUGCCCUUGGAGCCCUGCGCCUACGUGACCGCCCUGGGCCCCUGCGCCUACGCGUACUGCCCUUGGAGCCCUGCCUGCAGCUCCUCAUAGCGGGCGAGUGUGCUGGGCUUUUGCUGUUUUAAGAAUCACCCCCAGGCAAGUAUCAGAAAAGCGGAGGAAUCGGGUCCUAUUCUGGGGAGGGCGUUUUGAAUUUCACGCCUCCUGUUGAAUAAACCAUGCCUUUCUGA